AUGCAAGGACAUCGUCUGAUCCUUUUUACUUUAUUCAUUACAGUUAUUCAUGCAACCAAAAUCAAUUUUUUUGAUGCUUAUCAAGAAAUAGUAUUGGUUGGCAACCAAUCUUUUAUUGAAGCUAAUUUAAUUCAAUUAUGGGUUGAUGUAACAGAAUGUGCACCAACACCAUGUUCAUGUUAUGUAGAAGUUAAUGGAUCAACGGGUGAUCGACAUCAUAUAGGUUUUUUAGACGGAAAACCUAAUAAAGGAUAUGCUGAUAUUACGAAUCUUCAACCGGAUACACUAUAUUCAUUUAAACUACAAUGCACAGGAACUGAUCAGACUGAAACACGUAACAUAAAAACAGAUUAUGGUCGUCCAUCACCACCAAGCGAUAUUACAUUUACACUGAAUUCUAAACGCCUACAAUUAUCAUGGUCACGUCCAUUGUCUCCAGCUGGACCAAUUCAUAAAUAUAGAUUAACUAUUAAUACGGAUCCAACUAUUGAUAAUUUACCGCAUGAUAAAUUAUCAUAUGAUAUUACAGAAAACUAUGUUGAUGGAACAGAGUAUAAAAUUGUAUUAGUAGCCUGUAAUGUAAAUAACAAAAAUGAAGCAGUAUGCUCCGAUGCAAAUCAAGGACAGGCUACUUUCAUUAUGGGAUCAACAACAACACCACCUGCAGGUCAAACAACUACACCAACAGUACCUGCUGGUGGAACAACUACACCAACAGUACCUGCUGGUGAAACAACUACAAAACCAAACUCGUCCAACAUUCCAUCUUGUUCUGUCGCUUUUUUACUUUUUGUUUUCUUCUUUCUCGUUAACAAUCAAGUAACAUAUUGA